AUGGAAGGAGUAGGUGAUGUGCUGAGAAAGGCUUGGAAUCAGCAGCAAGAGGGGACUCCCAUGUUUAGAGUCCAUGAAAAGAUCAAAACCACCAAGCUGGAACUGUUGAAUUGGAAUAGGGGAAUUCCAAGGGGAAGGCCUCAUGGUAGGGGCAGUGUAGUAAGGGCAGCUGAGUUACUGAAUGAAGGGGGCAGAAGUUGGAAUAAGGAACUUCUAGAUGAUGUAUUUGAAGCCCCUGAGUUUAUUAAUCUUGUUCUUUCUCUAGGUCUCAUGGUGUUGUGGUGCUCAGGGGUGGGCUUAGCAUGCUUUAAACCAGAGAGUGAGGCUGGGGAAGCGCUGCGGGUUCACCAGGAUUGGGAGAAGUCGGGGGAGGUGCCGCAUCUCACUUAG